CAGACCAACCAGGAAACAGUCCAGUACAUCAAGGAGAAGCUCAGUGAGAAUCUGUCUACAGAGAAAAGCAUCAAUCUGUUCCACUGUCUGAAUGAACUGAAUGACCGUUCUCUAGUGGAGGAUAUUCAGUGGUACAUGAGAUUAAGAAGUCUCCCCACAGAUGAAUUUUCUUCUGCUCAGUGGUCAGCUCUGGUCUUCAUCUUACUGUCAUCAGAAAAAGAUCUGGAUGUGUUUGACCUGAAGAAAUACUCUGCUUCAGAGGAGGCUCUUCUGAGGCUGCUGCCAGUGGUCAAAGCCUCCAACAAAGCUCUACUGACCUACUGUAACCUCUCAAAGAGAAGCUGUGAAGCUCUGUCCGCAGUUCUCACCUUGCAGUCCUGUAGUCUGAGAGAGCUGGACCUGAGUAACAACGACCUGCAGGAUUCAGGAGUGAAGCUUCUGUCUGCUUUAGUUGAGAGUCCACACUGUAAACUUGAAACUCUCAGGUCAGGAUUUUAAAUAAUCAUUUAAAAUGUGAUUUUUUAAUAUUGCACAAAUAUCUAACCUUAACAAAGUUGUUAAGUGACCUCUUUUAUACUUUUUGUUUCUUUUCAAACAACUAUUUGGGACUUAUGUCACUAGACUGCUUCAUUAGUCUGCACCACAUAUUCAAAAAAGCAACAAGUUAAACAGGAUGUGAACUUUGCCCGAAAUGCAAAAAUAAAGUUUAGUCUUAGUCUUAUAAAAACAGAAAAACAUUUGUGAACAGAGAUGGGGAAAAAAAAACAUUUAGUGAGAGCUUAAUACUUUUCACUCUUGGAGGCUGCAGUGAGCCUGUUUUUGACUGCAGAGCUUUUCAAAACGUGGCUGCAGGCUUGAUACUGCCACUCUAAAGUCAUGUUCAAUGUUCAACUUGGUUUUCAAUGAGGCAAGAUCAGAAAAACCCACCUCACAUAGAUGGGACGCAGCAAACAGAAGUUGAAUGCCCACAGCUCUCUGUCCUGUGUGGAUACUCCCUCUCCACACCAAGCCAGAAUUCACUUAGUGUUUGUGCUGCAAACCUCAGCCUAAGUGUGGAGUCAAAGUUGAUCUCAAUGAGCUGGUCUUCUUCAGCAUAAGUAAAAUCAGCAGGUACAGAUGCAUUAAAUGGAUCUCUCCCUCAGGCAUACUGAGCACUGUUGUCUGGGAAGAAUUUCGGAAAAAAUGCUCUCAGGGAAGAGAUGUGCUCUUUAAAACACAGGAUCGCUUUGCUAGCUCCCACCUCACUGGGUUUGGCAAAGUUGAUCAGAUUCUCAAAGGAAUCAACAUUUGCUUCAUCAAGUUGCCUGCUGUACAUCUCAAGUGAAUGCACUGAUUUUGUCUGCCUGGAUGUUUGCAGCUGCCUUGAAACUGAAGAUUCAAGUCAUUAAGCUUUUCAAAAAAUCGAUGCAAUAGGCUAGCUUCAUCAGGAAGUCUUCAUCAUUAAACUUGCUUGCAACUUUAUGCAUGCCUUUCUCCUAUAAAACCAUCUGAAUUUCUUCUCUGAGCUCAAAGACUCAUGUUAGCAUUUUACUUGUACCAGCAGUUUUUCCUUCAGCGCGUCAAUGACUUGUUCUUCAAUGUCAAAUGAAAUAUCACAUGUGUGCCUUGAAACUGUGUCAUUUGAGAUGGGGACGGCCUUUAAUUUUUCAGCACUCAUCUCAUUGAGCAUGGUUAACACUGUAUCUAAAUCUGCGGGGAGUAUGAGCUUCUUAUGAGGCUUAUUUUUUGGCUUGUUAUCGGCGCUUGCCUCAUUUGUCUCUCAUGCUUUUCUUUUCGUAACUGUCAAAUCUCUCCAUUUUGACGACCAUUCAAACCUGGGACAGCAGUGGAUGCGCAUAUUAUUAUACCAGAUUUUUUUAUUCUUUUAACUGGACCGAGAAAAAACAGACUCAAGAGUGGUCAGAGCUUAAAAAUCAUCUUUAUUCUACAUUUCCGAAAAAGGAGAGCUGUAGACGCUAGCAAGCAUCAAAAGGUCUAAAGCAUUACAGAUCGUGUAUGCCUAAUAUAACCUGCUCCCCCUCCCCACACUACUAACAACCGUCACUUCUCUAUUCUAAUUGGUCCUCAGCCGGAAAAGGGUGGAGUGCCCACUCCGAGUCAGGGAGUUUAAGUAUCUUGGCGUUUU